AUGCCCCUCCUUGCUCCGCAGAUGCUGAGCCUGCUGCUGCUGGCGAUGCCCGUCCUGGUGAGCCCGGCCCACGCGGCCCCUGCCCCAGGCCAGGCCCUGCAGCGAGCGGGCAUCGUUGGGGGGCAGGAGGCCCCCAGGAGCAAGUGGCCCUGGCAGGUGAGCCUGCGAUUACACGACCAAUACUGGAUUCACUUCUGCGGGGGCUCCCUCGUCCACCCCCAGUGGGUGCUGACCGCGGCGCACUGCGUGGGACCGGACGUCAAGGAUCUGGCCAACCUCAGGGUGCAACUGCGGGAGCAGCACCUCUACUACCAGGACCAGCUGCUGCCGGUCAGGAGGACCAUCGUGCACCCACAGUUCUACACCGUCCAGAUGGGAGCGGACAUCGCCCUGCUGGAGCUGGAGGAGCCUGUGAACGUCUCCAGCCACGUCUACACGGUCACCCUGCCCCCUGCCUCGGAGACCUUUCCCCCGGGGAUGCCGUGCUGGGUCACUGGCUGGGGCGACGUGGACAAUGAUAAGCCCCUCCCACCGCCAUUUCCCCUGAAGCAGGUUAAGGUCCCCAUAAUGGAAAACCACAUUUGUGACGCAAAUUACCACGUUGGCCUCUACACGGGAGACGACGUCCGCAUCGUCCGUGACGACAUGCUGUGUGCGGGGAACAGCCGGAGGGACUCCUGCCAGGGCGACUCUGGAGGGCCCCUGGUGUGCAAGGUGAAUGGCACCUGGCUGCAGGCGGGCGUGGUCAGCUGGGGCCAGGGCUGUGCCCUGCCUAACCGGCCUGGCAUCUACACCCGUGUCACCUACUACUUGGACUGGAUCCGCCGCUACGUCCCCAAGAAGCCCUGA